CCUUGAGAGGAGGAGGAGUGGCUGGGGUUGGGCGUGGGGACGUGAACCUCCUCCUCCUCCUCUCGCCGAGUGAUGCUUCUUCAUCUCAGGAUUGCAUCAUCCUGAAGACGGAGGCUUGGCAAAGACUCGCGCGAUACGGACGAACGUACUUGGUGGGACCGAGGACUGGGAGGGAGACAUUACUGCUCUGGGCUCCAACUAGAAGACAACCAGAACAAAUACUUUGCAGCGUUUGGAUUGCCCUAUCACCUUGAAACGCCAAAGGAUAUGUCCGUUCAGUUCGUCGUUUUAAACAUCUGCAAGUAUGGCAGGGCACCAGCAAAGAACUUGCUGCUGAAAGUGGAAAAGGGCAAGGAAGCAAGACAUAGUUUUCCUCUGCGCUUACACUUCACUUCACCGAGGACGGUUUUGUGGGACAAUUUUGGUGCCUGGAACAUUGGGGAUGAGGUCAUUCUUCCUUCUGCUGAAAUCAUGGCCAGAAAGUCAAGGUACCGACCACAUGUGAGAAACGUGGGUUGCACAAGCCAGACAGGCGUACGAUCGACCAACGAGGACCGCUAUGCCUUGUCAGAGGUCUCCAACAAUGUGCUCUGCUUGGCUGUGUUUGAUGGGCAUGGAGGUCCCGCAGCUGCCAAUUUCUGCAGCAAAUACAUGGCCAAACACCUCCGGAAGUACCUUCAGAAGGAGGACAACUUGGAGCUGGUUUUGUCUAAGUCCUUUCUGGCGGUUGACCGGGAGUUUACAAGACGUGUGACUCUCUCCCAAGAAGCGGAGCUGCUGAGGAGCGGAACGACGGCCACCGUGGCAUUGCUGCGUGACGGCCAGGAGCUGGCAGUGGGCAGCGUGGGUGACAGCCGCGCCGUACUGUGUCGUCGCGGCAAAGCCAUGGGGCUGACGGAGGAUCACACUGCCCAGCGCAAGGACGAGAGGACUCGAGUUAAGGCGUGUGGAGGGUUCGUGACCUGGAGCACCACUGGCCAUUCUCGCAUCAAUGGCACACUGGCCAUGACACGCAGCAUCGGAGACAUUGCUCUCAAGCCCUACGGAGUCAUUGCCGACCCUGAGAUACAGCAACUGCAGCUGAACCAUGAAGAUGACAGCUUCCUGGUGCUCACCACUGACGGCAUCAACUAUAUCAUGAACAACCAAGAAGUGUGCGAUGCAGUGAGCAGUUCGCACACUCCCGAGGAGGCUGCCCACCUCAUCACCGAUUCAGCACUGCAGUACGGCUCCGACGACAACGCAACGGCUGUGGUUAUCUCAUUGGGCGCAUGGAGGAAAUUCAUCAAGGUUCAGACACAUGCCACGUUCCUCCCUAGAGUUGUCUCUGGUGGGCGCUGGGCAUGAAAACAAGAGGCCCACGCUGAUUAGCACCAUUACAAGCUAAACCAAAUCCACAUCAAGAUGAAAUUUCCUUUAAAAUACGUGCUUUAUAAACUAUAUUUGAAAAAUAAAGCAAAAUUAACUAUGAUAUAGCACGAACACAUGCUAUCUCAUAGCUAAGUUUUCCCAAGUACAAUCAACAGAUUAACCAAAAUGUAGUCUAUUCUGGGUUUCUGUAUGAUUUUGUACUUGGAGCAGUGCUUGCUUGAUAGGAGUUGACAGUUCAAGGAAGAUAUUCAUCAAACCGUUGGCUUACUGACUUCGCCAAACUUUGGUACUCUGCCUUAUGAAACUGCAUUACUGAACAUCUGUGAAAAAUAUGCUCAUCAGAUUUCACCAGAAUAAAUACAGAUUCUGUAUUAUCAUAGAUUGUAACCAUAAACUUACAAAGCAGAAUGCAAGAUUACCAAAUAAGACCGUUGUGUAGUUUUAUUUUUUGCCAUUUAUUAUAUCUCAAUUCUGUGCAUGGUAAAGGUUGCUAUUUAAACGUUACCUUGAACAAGGUUCGCUUAUUGUGGUACAUUAAGUUUUUUGAAAGGGCCACUUACUUCACACUUUGGUGAAACUAGUUUUAAAUAUAGCAUUUGUAAAUAAUUGCAACAUUUGUCCAGAGUAUAUUUCCAAGCAGUUCAACCUUUUGCUAGUUAUCAUAUUAGAACUCUCUCGGAUAUUAAUUUGGGUGGUGUGAUAAGAUUUCAUAGUUUUAGUUCGUUAAAUGUUAAUGCAGUGGAACAGUUGGUUAGCGCACUGCACUGUGAACUCGGAUACCUGAGUUUGAUACCGGGCCAUGGUUAACACCAAUGGCAAGUGAUAACCGAUUCAGUAGUUAUGGACCCCCCUCCCCCCAACCAUUCACCAACAAAUCUUGAGAAUCUUGACUGACACGAGACUUCAUCCAGGAGUGACUUGACAAUCGACUAUUAUUUAGUGUUAAAAAAAUGAAAAUAAUACAUACGUACAGGUAUGUCUAUAUACUUCUCUACAGUAUCAUUUACCAGUUCACCUGGUAUCUGCUUUAGUCUGUGUACAUUGGUAAGAGGUGUUGCAUUGUACAUGAUGUUCAGCAGCAUUGUUGGUCUGAAUUUUUAUUUUGAAUACUGUAUAUUGUACAAUAAACAUUUUUACAACCUG